UUAAAGCUUUCAAACCCCACAAAACCACAAGCAAGUCUGAGAAAAACCCAUUCAAGGACAAGAUUUUCUGUACCAUAAAUUCAAUUUUCUCAUAAUAGUAACAACUGUAAUAAUUACUAUUUCAAUAACUUUGCGAAAAAAUCCCUCUUCAAAAAGAGAACAAUCAUCCAAUCUUUUUGUUUAUCUUCAUAGAGAAGGAGAGAGAAAAGCAAACCCACAAACUGAAAAGAAAGAGCCCUCCUUCAUUUGUUGAUGAUGAACACAUACUCGAUGUGAUAUGAUAUGAUAUGAUAUGAAUUGAAAGCUCGGAAAAGUUUGACAGGAGAGAAAAUAAAUAGUUGUACUAGUACAUGUUUUGAAAAAGACUCAAACUUUCUCUAUCUUCUGAUUUUCUUCUUCUUUUGGUGGCUACCCUUCUUUUUCAUCCAUUUUGACAUUCAUCUUAUUUUCAAGUUUUCAUCUUUCUCUCUCCUCUCUCCCAAAGGUAUAAACUUGUGAAUUUAUAGAUUUCAGAAGAGGAGGAAAGCCAAGACUAGCUAAUUACAUGGAGGUGUAAUUAAUUAAUAAGUGGGCGUAAAUUAAUCAUACAAGUAAAUUUGCAUGGCGUCAAGUCAUAGGCUUGGAGAAACUGGUUUAUCACAAUCAGGUCCUUCAUCAAAUCAUCAUCACAACAUUCCUUUUGCAAUCCCUCAUCAUCAUCUCCAUGCCGCCGCGAUCAAACCUACAACAACUAAUCCUUUCAUGAAUCAAGGAGGAUCCUCAUUUGAUUUUGGAGAGCUAGAACAAGCUAUUGUUCUGCAAGGAGUUAAGAUUGGAAAUCAUGAACAACCUAAACCAGCUUUAUUUACAAAUGGAAGCAGACCUGCAGCAACUCUGGAGAUGUUCCCUUCUUGGCCAAUGAGGUUUCAACAAACCACCAGACAGGGAAGUUGUUCAAAGUCAGGAGGAGAAAGUACAGAUGAUUCAGGAUCAGCAAUUAACACCCUUUCAUCCAGUCAAGCUGAUACUCAUUUAGAACAACCCGAAUCUCCGAUUAGCAAAAACCAACAACAACAACAGCAACAACAAGGUGGCAGUUUUCAGCAACCAGGAAUGGCAAGUGAUAGCUCCAGAACUGGAAUAUCCCAAAAUCAAUCUGCUCAAAAACAACCUCAAGAAAAGAGACAUGGUGGAACCAAAUCAGAUAAACCACUUGAUGCUAAGACACUUAGGCGUUUGGCACAGAAUAGAGAAGCAGCUAGAAAAAGUCGACUAAGGAAGAAGGCUUAUGUACAGCAGCUAGAAUCAAGUAGGAUCAAGCUAGCACAGCUAGAGCAAGAUCUUCAAAGAGCUAGAGCACAGGGUUUUUUCAUGGGUGGAGGUGGUGGUGCACCUUCAAAUAUUAGCUCAGUUGAUGGUGUUGCAGGAGCUGCUAUAUUUGAUAUGGAGUAUGCAAGAUGGCUGGAAGAUGAUCAUAGGCACACGUCAGAACUUCGAGCUGCUCUACGAGCUCACUUAUCAGAUGGAGACCUCAGGAUUAUAGUAGAUGGUUAUAUCAACCAUUAUGAUGAAAUCUUUCGCCUCAAGGGGGUGGCAGCCAAAUCCGAUAUCUUUCACCUCAUCACCGGAAUGUGGACUACUCCUGCAGAGCGUUGUUUCCUUUGGAUGGGUGGAUUUAGGCCAUCAGAACUCAUCAAGAUGUUAACAGCGCAAUUAGACCCAUUAACGGAGCAGCAGCUGAUGGGAAUAUACAGUCUACAACACUCCUUGCAACAGGCAGAAGAGGCUCUCACCCAAGGUCUAGAUCAACUUCAGCAAUCUUUAGUUGACACCAUCGCGACUAGUACUGUUACUGAUGGUAUGCAUCAAAUGGCUAUUGCUUUGGGCAAACUUUCUAAUCUUGAAGGUUUUAUUCGCCAGGCUGAUAACUUGAGACAACAAACCCUUCAUCAACUACACAGAAUAUUGACAAUUCGACAAGCUGCUAGAUGUUUUCUGGUUAUCGGAGAAUACUAUGGCCGGUUGCGUGCUCUAAGUUCCCUCUGGGCUUCACGUCCUAGAGUACACAUGAUGAACAACGAUAAUUCAUGUCAAACAGCCCCAGAUAUGCAGAUGGUGCAACCUCAUCAACAUAACCACUUCUCGCCGUUUUAGAUUGAAGUACAUUCAUGGUGGCUAUCAAAAAUACUUCCUCCAGCAUUCCAGCUUCAUUUAGGAAUAGAUUUUUAUUUUCUUUUAAUUAUUAAAUUCUAAGUAUAUCAUUAGGUUAUCUUUCACUUGUAAAUCAAAAGGAAGCUUCUCCCUCGCCGCCCCUUCCCCUUCCAAAGAGAAAAACAAAGCAACAAUGUAAAUGUCUAGGUGCGAUUUAUAAAUCAUAUUAUAUGAAAUAUAAUUCGCGCUUUAUCUUCUUCUUCGGCUUUUCCUUUUGUA